AGAAAAAAAAAACUUGGCAUUGUAUUUUCUUUUAUCUGUGUCUGGUGGGUGGGGGUCAGAACCGGUGAACUUUCAGGUAUAAAAUUCACAUGCCGUUCCCUCAGAGACGUGAGAAGCAAAUCGCUUGAACAAGAAAAUCCCAGAAGGCAGCCAUGGCCAUGCAGAUAUUACCUUUGCUUCUCAUAUUUGGUCUCCAAGGCUAUGCUCUGACUGCAACUUACGACAUGAAUCACUUGCAAAAUCUUCCUGAUGAAACGGGGGACGUUUGCCAGGACUGCACCCAGAUAGUCACACUCCUUGUUGACAUGCUGUCCAACGCUGACCUACAGAAAAAGAUCAUGGCAGGGAUUGAUGGUCUGUGUGCACAUCUGCCAGGGCCAGCUGCCAAACUCUGCAAAGAAGAGGUGGACAAGGCGCUCCCACUAGCCAUCACUUUUGUUACUGGUGUUGUAAAACCAGCAGAGGUCUGCAAGUUGAUUGGACUGUGUGGCUCCGAUGAAGACCGUCAGAAGAUGCUCAGCUACUUUGUUAAUGAGGUCCUUAAGGCUGCUGUGAAAAGUGACGGCGAGCCUGCAACACACUGCUCCUUCUGUAUUUUCUUGUUCAAAACUUUGGAAGAGAUGCUGCCUAAGGAAAGGACUGAGGGCGCCGUAAUCAAACUGCUGGAAGAGAUUUGCCACAUCUUGCCAGCCACGUAUCGUCACCAGUGCGAAGACGUUAUUGGCAAGUUUAGCAAAUCAGUGCUGGAUGCAAUCUUGGGCUACGCCACUCCUCAGGCCAUCUGUGCCCUCAUCCACCAGUGUAAAGGGCAGGAGGCUCUUGUGGACCCGUGUACACUAACGACAUACAGAUGCAGAGAUGUCAGCACCGCCCUUAAAUGUGGAACUUUGUUCUACUGUCAGAAAUUUGCCUGGAAGCCUCUGAACUACAACACAAUCUAAACUGUUCAGGACAAGGAAGAACAGGCGUUACGCCAGUGAACACUCCAUCGUCAAAAUGCAAAUGUUUUCUUUUCGAUUGCAUUUCUUUUCUACAGUAAUUUUGUAUCCUAUUGUCUAUUGCAUUUUGAUUAUACUGGCUGGACUGAGGAGAACGCCAACAAAAUGAUUUAGCUGGACUGGAGUUGCAAAGAAAUUAAAAACUGAGGUUGAAAUCUUCAUGUUCCAGUUGCUUUUGUGUACAAAUAAACCAUCACCUGGAUCUUCAGGUUUUUAGCCUUUAAUAGAUGCCAUCAUGUUUUUUUUCCCUAUUAUAUUGGAAUAAAAUGAUCCUAAUGCGA